AUGGUUUGCCUGAACGAAGCCACCUUCGGCCCCGUGGUGCAAGGCUGCCGCGACGACUUUGAUUUUACUCUCCGCUUCGAGGACAUUGUCUUGUCCAUCGUGCCGUCCUGCGUCUUCUUGGCGGUGUCAGCCGGGCGACUCCUGUGGCUCGUGCCGCGGCCCAGCAUCGCCGUCUUGUCGAUGCUCCUCGGGACAAAACUCGUGAGCAUACUCGUUUACGUGGCGCUCCAAUUGUCGCAGCUUGUUCUCACGGCGCGGCUCCGGUGGGACAUUGCCAGCCUAUCCAUUCCGUCCGAGGUGUUGCGCCUUGCCGUUGCGAUUGUCGUUCUGCUGCUCUCGUUUGGCGAGCACACACGGAGCCCCAGACCAUCCAUCCUCCUCGGCUGCUUUCUCUUCCUGACGCUGCUCUUCGACAUUGUCCGCGCCAGGACAAUUUGGCUGGUCGCUGCGCAAGGGGACCACUACUCCAGUACCGUCGCGCGGGUCUCGGUGGCUCUCACGGCGCUCAAGGGCGUCAUUCUCCUUCUCGAGGCACAGCACAAGAGCUUCCCCAAGACGUGGACCGACCACCACAGUGGUGAAGAGACAUGCGGCAUCUUCAGCCUGGCGUCGUACGCCUGGGUCGGACGCUUGCUCCUCGGCGGCUACCGCUCCGUCCUCUCCGUCCAAGACCUCUACCCUCUCGACCAGGCAAUGUCAGCAUCCACCCUUGAACACAAGCUCCAAUUGUCUCAUGGCGCCGACUCCUCCACUGUUCCCGCCGGUAGGCUUAGCAGGCGCAUGCUCAAGACGCUCCUCCCGCCACUCCUCACUCCCGUCAUCCCCCGCCUCGCCUCCAUCGGCUUCACCUUCUGCCAGCCCCUGAUUCUCGAAUCGACCCUUGCCCAUCUCCAAUCGCCAGCAAGCGCACCCAGCAGCGGCUACGGUCUCAUCGCCGCGACCAUCCUCUCCUACACCGGCAUCGCCGUCUCCAACGCGCUGUACUUUUAUUGGCAAGAGCGCUACGUCACCAUGGUGCGCGGCACUCUCUUCACGGCCCUCUAUGACAAGACUGUCUGUCUGUCUGCGGCCAGCGCGGCGGACUCGACGGUUCUGACGCUCAUGAACAGCGAUAUCGACCGGAUCAAGUCGGGUCUACUGAACAUCCAUGAGUAUUGGGCCAACACAAUCGAGCUGGCUCUAGCCUGCUGGCUGCUGCAGCGGAAGAUCGGCGCGGCGUUUGUGGCGCCCAUUGUUGUCGUGGCACUGUGCUUCGUGGCAUCGGGGCCUGUGGUCAAGAUCACCGGCCGCCGUCAGAUGGUCUGGAUGAAGGCCAUUGAGGAACGCGUCACCGCCACGGCCGCCAUGAUCUCGGCCAUCAAGUCCCUCAAAAUGUCAGGGUUGGGCGGUGCUUUGGACAGUCACAUUCAAGGCCUGAGGGAGAGGGAAAUCGGCGUUGGCAACAAGUGGCGGCUCAUGGUCCUCCUCGCCGCCACGAUAAGUUUCACCCCGACCUUGAUCGGUCCACUCAUGGCUCUGGCCGUCACCUCCCGGACUCUCAACGUCACGCGCAUCUUUCCGGCCAUGGCGUAUAUCACGCUGCUGGCGACGCCGCUUCAAGGACUGUUCCAGCAUCUGCCUGGUCUCAUGUCCGCGAUCGCCUGUCUAGGUCGCAUCGACACGUACCUUGAGAUCGAGAGCCGCACCGAUCCUCGCUCUACCCCCGAGAGCAGAUCGACAACAAGUGUGAGUGAUAAAGAUGGCAAAGACGCGCCAGAACCUGCUCUCCAGGUGACGUGCGGCCACUUUGGAUGGGCCAAGGACAAGUACACGCUCGAGAACGUCAACUUGUCCGUGCCGUCGUCCUCUCUGGCCAUCGUCAUCGGUCCUGUCGCCGCAGGCAAAUCGACUCUCUUGAAAGCUCUCCUCGGCGAGACAACCAGUCACUCGGGGACGGUUGCUCUCGGCGCUUCUCUCCGCACAGUUGGGUACUGCGACCAAACGCCAUUUCUACUCAACGACACCAUACGCGGCAACAUUGUCGGUCACGCACCCUUCGACCAAGACCGCUACCGCGAGGUCCUGCACGCCGCCUCGCUCGGACCAGACCUGAAGCAGCUUCCCCAGGGCGAUCUCACCAGCGUGGGAAGCAGCGGCCACUCUCUCAGCGGCGGACAGAAACAGCGAUUGGCCCUGGCGAGAGCGCUCUAUCUCGAUGCCCAUCUAUUUCUCCUCGACGAUGUACUCAGCGGCCUCGAUGCCUCGACCUCGUCGCUCGUUUUCCAGCGAGCACUGGGACCUCGGGGGCUCCUCGCACGUAGGAACGCAACAGUUGUGCUCUGUACGCACGACGAGAAAUAUCUCCCAUUUGCGGAUACAAUUCUCGCCAUCAGCUCACAAGGUUUGGUGACUUGCCAUACUUCUCUCCAAGAGUUGGUCGCGGCAGGACACCUCAAGCUCCAGGGCGGGACCAAAGUGUUGACCUACGACGGGGCGCCGGAGGAGCUCAAGAACGAGAUGGACGCGCAAGGCGCAGAGCAAGGUCAGAGGACAGCUACAAAGAUAGACAAGGAGGAGAUGGAUGGAUCCCGCCAAGUAGGAGACUUCACAGUCUACCGCCACUACCUCUCGAGCAUGGCCACAUGGACCAUCAUCCUCUUCGUCCUCGUCUCCGCCAUCUACGGCUUCACCAUCCACUUCUCCACGGUCUGGCUGAAAUACUGGUCCGCAGACGUCGUUCGACCCAGUCCCUCUCGCUCGGGUGCCUUUUACGUCGGCAUCUACGCCCUCCUCCAGGGUGGUGGCCUUCUCUCCCUCGCGGUGGUGGUAUAUCUCUGCACGCAACCCAUCAUCUCCCACAGUGGCUCGACGCUGCAUCGGAGAGCUCUGCGGACGGUUCUCGCAGCGCCUUUGCGAUUCUUCGCUCUUGUGGAUGCGGGCACCAUUACAAAUCUGUUCGCACAGGACUUGACCCUGAUUGACUCGGAACUCCCUCUGGCCCUUUUGAACUUUACGGCUGCCGUAUUUUCUCUCAUUGGCGCCGCGGCCGUCAUUGCCACCGCUUCUCCUUGGCUCGCCGUGGCGUAUCCGCCUUUGUUGUGUCUUGUGUACUAUAUCCAGCUCUUCUACCUCCGCACCUCCCGACAGCUGCGGCUCCUCGAUCUGGAAGCGAAAGCACCUCUCUACGCGCACUUUAUGGAGACUCUUUCCGGCCUUGUGACUCUUCGCGCCCUCGGCUUCACCAGGACAGCUUCAGCGACGAGCAACCGCCUCCUGGACACGAGCCAGCGACCAGCGUAUCUCCUCGCCAUCAUACAACGGUGGUUGCAGUUCGUGCUGCGCAUUGUGGUCAUGCUGCUCGCCACAAUUGUCGUCACGCUCGCGACUCAACUGCGCACCGACGCCGGGCUCACUGGCGCAACACUCCUGACGCUCAUGGGCUUCGGAACGAUCCUGUCGGUCAUUGUAGAGUCGUACACCACGCUGGAAACCAGCAUCGGGGCUGUUGCACGGUUGAAAACUUUCAGCGAUGCCACCGAGGCGGAACCACAGCCGCAUGUCGAUGCACCGCUCGAUAUGGCGUGGCCUCCGAACGGCCUUGUUGAGAUUGAACGCGUGACAGCUUCAUACAGUGGCCAAGUGUCCCCAGAUGAAGAUGCCGUGGCGCUGCGAGAUGUCAGCGUCACAUUCCAGGUUGGUGAGCGCACUGCCGUCGUGGGACGCACCGGGAGUGGCAAAUCGUCCCUUGUGCUCCUGAUUCUACGCCUCCUUGACCCUGUACCGUCGUCAUCUCACGCCGCAGGGAGGAUACUCAUCGACGGCCUGCCCAUCGACCAGGUCCAACGAGAGACCCUCCGCCGUCGCAUCAUCGCCAUUUCCCAAGAUCCGGCUUUUCUUCCUCCAUGCUCGACUUCAACCCUGCGGGACAAUUUGGAUCCCUUCCGUGAAGCCAGGGACGAGGACAUCCAAGCCACGUUGGCAUCGCUUGGUCUUGGUUUCCUCGCAGACGGUCAAGAAACCGCGGACCACAAGAGCACGGCCCUGAGUGAUGCAUUCACAGAAACCUCACUCAGUCAAGGCCAGAAGCAGCUGUUUAACCUCGCGAGAGCGGUGCUGAGACAGCGAGUGCGCAAACGCAAUGGUGCCGCCGGCGGUCUGGUGCUCCUCGACGAGGCUUCUUCGAGCGUCGAUACCGGCACCCAAGAGCACAUAUGGAACACUAUCCACAGCGAAUUCCAAGGCUGCACAGUCAUCAUGAUUGUGCACAGAUUGGAUCUCGCGACGAGGUGCGAUCGCGUGAUCGUCAUGGAACACGGGCGGGUGGCGGAGACGGGGCGCCCAGAAGAGCUGCGGACGCGAGAAGGCGGGCACUUUAGAUCACUACUAGAGUCCCGAGACAUGUGA